AUGUGCAAAUUCACCAACCGUCUCUUUGUCUUCACGCUGCUGGCCGUGGGAACGCUGAUGGCGCCGGUGGAUGCAGCAGCCAUGCGAGCCCAGCACAGAAGCGCUGCAGAUCCGAAAUUUUUGGACCUUCUCUCGCUGAACGAGGACAACAACAACUACGAUCUGCAUUACGAUCAGCGACAGAAGGGCGAAGAGAAUUUGCAUGUGCGCAUGAAUGGGUUCUUUAUCGAAAUGCCCGAUGACGGCGAUAAAGAUGCGAGCGACGAGUUGAAGGAACUACUAUAUUAUGCCAUACUCUUUGGUGGGAGCGAAGAAAUGUUUAAGCACUUGAUCGAAAACAAAAUAAGCACCACUCCAACACCCACCAGUUUGACCUUAAGUGAGUUUGGGCUUUUGAAUGAGAACAAAUUGGACGCGGAACGGCAUUCCAUUGGUCAGCAGGGUGAGGACCCGGAAGCAGCAACCAAACAUAAGGUAGAAGGCAGAAAUGCGAACCCACUUCAGGAUAGCGGCUUGGUGGCUGUAAAUCGGGAGCCAGAGACGAAGCGCGUGGGAUUGAUCACAAAACAGCAUUUCAACACUUUGCUGAGUUUGCUGAAACGAAUGCGCCGCAACUGAUCCUUGGCAACUGCUUCACAUCUUCACAUGAGAGUUAGUAUAUAAGAAAACAUGCACUGAAGUUUUUAUUAUUCAUAUCGGAUAUAUUUAUAAUACAAAAAGAUAAUGUAGCUAUAAGCGA